ACAAAUAAAUUAGUUCUGAUUGAGCUGACAGUCCCACUCUCUCCGACUCUCACGAAAUUUGGCAUCGCGGAGGAAAAGAGUGGAUCUGGAAUGGAGAGCUCCGGCGAAUUGGUGGCGCUUCCCGUGUUAGUGGAGUCCAACUACAGGGCUUGCACAAUUCCCUACCGAUUCCCUUCCGACAAUCCCAAGAAACCCACCCCCACUGAGCUCUCUUGGAUCAAUCUCUUCGCCAAAUCAAUCCCUUCAUUCCGAUUGAUCUGCAGCAAACGUGCUGAGGCCGAUGAUUCCGUUCCGGAUGCUCCCGCCAGAGCUGAAAAGUUCGCCCAAAGAUAUGCUGAGAUACUGGAUGAUUUGAAGAAAGACCCUGAGAGUCACGGUGGCCCGCCCGAUUGCAUUCUUCUUUGCCAGCUCCGUGAGCAAAUCCUUAGAGAAUUGGGCUUUAAAGAUAUAUUCAAGAAGGUCAAGGAGGAAGAAAAUGCCAAGGCGAUAUCUUUAUUUGAGGGUGUUGUCCACCAUAAUGAUGCUAUCCAGGAUGAAGCUGCACGCAUUGAAAAUUUGAUUAGAGGGAUAUUUGCUGGUAACAUUUUUGAUCUUGGCUCAGCUGAGCUUGCAGAGUUGUUUGCAAAGGAUGGUAUGUCCUUUCAAGCUAGCUGUCAGAACCUUCUCCCUCGACCCUGGGUUAUUGAUGAUUUGGACAAGUUCGUUUCAAAAUGGGGCCGGCGUCCAUGGAGAAAGGUUAUAAUAUUUGUAGACAAUUCUGGUGCAGAUGUCAUUUUGGGUAUAUUGCCAUUUGCGAGGGAGUUGCUUCGACUUGGUGCCCAGGUUGUACUGGCGGCAAAUGAUUUACCUUCCAUCAAUGAUGUGACAUAUGUCGAGUUAAUAGAGAUUAUAGCCAAGCUGAAGGAUGAGAGUGGGAAACUUGUGGGAGUUGAUGCUUCAAACCUCUUAAUUACAAAUUCUGGUAAUGAUUUACCGGUUAUUGAUCUAUCAAGAGUAUCACAAGAACUUGCCUACCUGGCAAGUGAUGCAGACCUUGUGGUCAUGGAAGGAAUGGGUCGUGGAAUUGAGACUAACCUAUACGCGCAGUUCAAAUGUGAUUCCUUGAAUGUUGCUAUGGUGAAGCACCCAGAGGUUGCUCAGUUUCUAGGAGGACGACUCUAUGAUUGUGUGAUCAAGUACAACGAGUUUUCCAAAUAGAAAAACAUUUUGCGACCACAUAUGGAACGUGAUGCAGGCGUACUCGCGUAGAACAUGGAUUCAUCUAUCUUUCUUUCUACUCUUACAUGUAUAAUAGAUAGGUGAACUCUGUAAUCCAUGGAACAAAUCUUGAUUUUCACCAUCUAGCCAUUCUAAUAUAUUACUCCAAAUCUCAAUAGGUGUUGCUACA